AUGAUCGCUGUUUGUUGUAAAGCGACUAUCGUCAUAAUACGUCGAAGUGCAAUUAUCGAUUUAAUACAAGCGUUAUUGAAAGAACCGUGCAAACCGCGAAACAAGGAUGAAGUAACGAAUACAAACGAAAUUCGACAAAUUUAUCAGUGUAUCUCAUCCGUUCAUUAUUAUAUAUGUAUAUAUGCCAAAACGGUAAAUAUUAUAUUCAAUCAGGUGCUCUUUGUUCAAUUCUUCAGCAGUAUAUUGGUAUUAUGUACAACUGUAUAUUAUAUGUCAGCACAUAUUAUGGAAUUCAAAGGUGCUACUUUCAUGGUGUACACUUUCUGUAUGUUUAUACAAAUUUACAUUUAUUGCUGGUCUGGAAACGAAGUCAUACUUAAGAGUCAAAAUGUAGGAGAUGCGAUAUAUCUAAUGGACUGGCCUCUGUUAUCAGUCAGCGAGAAAAAAGAUCUGCUGAUAAUCAUGAUACGCGGUACUAUCCCUAUAAAGUUUACUAGCAGUUUCUUGAUUACUUUAUCUCUUCAAUCUUACAGCAAUAUUUUGAAAACUUCGUACUCGGUAUUUAACCUGAUGCAGUCGUAA